AGUUCCUUCUGGGUAAUUUACAAAUCACCUCUGCGCUGUUUUUUGCGACUUCUCCCACCACCCGGGCCCGCCAGCCAGUCAGUCACUUUCGUCACACCGUCUGAGACCAAAAACUCAUCGCCUCAGGCCACUAAGCCCGUUACCACUACCGGCUGGGGCCACCGCAACAUUUUUUUUACUCGUCUCCCUCCCUCCCCUCUCCUCCCUAGUCCCCUCCAUUCCUCUCCAGCUUUCCUUUCCACAUCCAAUUCCCUCACAAAGUCAUCUUUGGCCUUUAAACAGCUUCGUGCUGUAGGCUUUUCAGCUCCCUCCCUUCAUCGCGGGGGCAAUAUUGCUCCUCUUCUGCUCCGCCGUUUCAUAAAAUCUCAUACUACCGCACAUGACUCCGCAGUCGAUUUCACCUGUACCUUCCGCAAUCUCUUCCGCCGCAACGUCACAAAUUUUUCACGACUUUGGAGAUGGAGAGCCCCAGGUAACACGUGCUCUAGCGGGCAUAAAUCUGUCCGACAUGAACGGGGACGCCCUCCCCGCCUCUCCUGGGCCGGUCAAGGCGCCCAAACCCACCAUGGCCAACCGCAUCUCUCGUAUGUUCUCGAACACUGGCAAGUCGACUCCCAAGGAGUCGGAUUCGAAUCGCGAUUUCUCGGACAGCAGCUCGGAUAGCAUCAAAGCAUCCUCCAAUGGCAGCACAAAACCUUCCAAACCCUCGUCCAGACCUCCCUCAAAACCGUCGUCAAGAGCGCCUUCCCGUCAAACGUCCACCAGAGAGGACAACAACGAACGUAAAACCAAAUCCAGCAGUGGCAAGGAUCAAAAGGAGGCUCCUGUUGCUCAUCGGCGCUUUGAAGUACCCGGUGAUGGUACUCACUUGCAUCACCUAAAGAGCGCCAGACGGCAGGAGAAGCUGACCGACUUGCUCCGCGACAUGCUGGGUGGCGGAAGGAAGAAGGAAGACCAUGUCGAGGAGCAGCAAUUGUCUUUAAUGUCCACUUGGAUCGACCAAUUCAAGACGGAACGCGACAAGUUGGCUGCAGACAAAAAGGGUGGCCCCAAUGCGACGGCUUCGCUAGUUGACAAAUACGGCAAAUGCCAGGAAAUUGUCGGUCGCGGUGCGUUUGGAAUCGUCCGCAUUUCUCAUAAGGUAGAUCCCAAAGACUCCAGAGUUGAGCAGCUCUACGCCGUCAAGGAGUUCCGCCGUCGGCCUCAAGAAACGACGAAAAAAUAUCAGAAGCGAUUAACGUCGGAAUUCUGCAUCUCAUCAUCUCUUCGACAUCCAAAUGUUAUUCAUACCCUCGAUCUUCUGCAGGACGCGAAAGGCGAUUAUUGUGAAGUUAUGGAGUAUUGCGCGGGCGGUGAUCUCUACACACUGGUUCUGGCUGCGGGCAAAUUGGAAGUCGCCGAAGCUGAUUGCUUUUUCAAACAACUCAUGCGUGGCGUUGAAUACAUGCAUGAGAUGGGCGUCGCCCACCGUGACCUGAAACCCGAGAACCUUUUGCUGACUACCCACGGAGCCCUCAAGAUCACGGAUUUCGGAAACGGCGAGUGUUUCCGUAUGGCUUGGGAGAAAGAGGCCCAUAUGACUGCCGGGCUCUGUGGUUCAGCCCCUUACAUCGCACCCGAGGAGUACAUUGAGAAAGAAUUUGACCCCAGAGCGGUUGACCUGUGGGCAACCGGCGUGAUCUACAUGGCCAUGCGAACUGGGCGACACCUCUGGAGGGUCGCCCGUAAGGACGAGGAUGAAUUUUACCAGCGGUACUUGGAAGGUCGCAAACAUGAAGAUGGCUAUGCCCCCAUCGAAACAUUGCAUCGGGCACGUUGCCGGAAUGUGAUCUACUCUAUUCUGGACCCCAAUCCUUCUCGCCGGAUCAAUGCCUCGCAAGUGCUCAAAUCCGAAUGGGUCCGCGAAAUCAAGCUAUGUAAGGCUGGCGAGGAAGGGUUCUGAAAGAGCAAGAAAGGGUCUAUCAACACCGCUAGGCUCACCUGGAAAACACCGGGGAUCAUUAUUUCGUAAGGCAUCCGUGGUCUCAGCGGGUUCGGUCUUGCGGUGCUCGGGACUGUGUAUCCCUUGUCCAGAAGUCUGUCUCCUGUUCGGUGUGUGCGUGUGCCAAAAACAAAACCAUAGACCCGGGUGGUUCA